AUUAAUUUUCAAAACUACAUUUGUGAUGUGUAUAGUGCGGGUAAUUAAAGAUUCAUAUGUAUCGUGAUGUAAGGCGAUAAUUCUCAAUGUAAUUGUGAGCACGGGUGGAGUGACAGCCACAUAUAUGACAUACAAAAAGAGAUACAUUUAGUCUAAAUUUUUUUGUGAGCAAUUAUAUUGCCAGCCAUGAAAAAGCCAUGAUUAGCGAAUAAAAGUGAAUAUGGCUGAGCUAACAAGUGCUUAUGUGUGUCAACAAACGUCAAUGAGGUUUCUCUGCAAAAAAAAAACGUGUCUACCAUCGAUGUUGUGGCAGACACAACAUUGCUCAAAAUGUCAUUUCACAAGUGCCCUGUGCAGUGCAUCGCGUUUAUCUCUGCAGUGUAAUAAUUACACUGUCAAAAAAAAUGCAGGAUAGUGUGUGCCGUGCGUGUAAUUCGAAAUAUCGGGUUCUAGUUAACGAAGAUGAGAUGAAAAGCUGCAUUUAUAUGAUGGCGCUGAAUUUACGACUCAGAGGAAUAAUAAGAGUGGAUCCGUGUCAUCAUUUGGCCUACAAAAUACUGCACCUGGGGUGCGUGAAAUUUAUAUCUCAGUGAAGUACGCAAUCACAUUCGUCGUUAUCAAUUGGAACAUAACUCAAUCCCAUCUGUUUCCCUUCCCUUAAUCUCUCUCUAUGUAUCCUUAAAUAUUAUCUUAUCCUUAAUUUUUUUACAGUUAGAGAUAAUGCUAUUAACUGUGUUCCUAAACCAAUUAUCCCACAUAUUCUUACUAUGAAUGCAACUUAUGCAUGCAUUUAUACCUGCACCAUAAUGUCCUGCUAUCAGAUACAAAUUUCAAAAGUAUAUACCUGUGGGUUAAGCCCGGCCAGCGUCUCGUUACGCCAACAUCUGUGCCUGCAACAAGUACACUUGAUUCAUGCGGAAGAAAAGUUAACGUCCACUCUUGGUCUUGGAAGUACAGAGAAUCACACAAAUGGCACGUCGCAACGACUCCAAAAAUCAAAGUGAACUAGCUUCAUUGAGAGAAUCCGAAAACAAAUACAGACAACAAUAUAUAGAGGCAUCUCACAGGGAGAAGAUCUUAGUGAGGAGGCUUGCCUCUAAAGAGCAGGAAUUACAAGAGUAUAUUAAUCAAAUAACUGAAAUGAAAGCCACCCAAGCUCCGUCCACAGCUGCAUUAAGAUCCGCUCUGUUAGAUCCGGCUGUUAAUAUAUUAAUACAGAAAUUAAGACAAGAGUUAAUAACAACCAAGGGCAAAUUAGAGGAUACGCAGAAUGAACUAAGCGCAUGGAAAUUCACCCCGGAUAGUAAUACGGGGAAAAGAUUAAUGGCAAAGUGUAGGUUGUUAUAUCAAGAAAAUGAAGAACUUGGUCGUAUGAUUGCCAGUGGACGUAUUGCUAAAUUAGAAGGCGAACUCGCUCUACAAAAGAGUUUUAGUGAAGAAGUGAAAAAAUCACAAUCAGAAUUAGAUGAGUUUCUGCAGGAUUUAGAUGAAGACGUAGAGGGUAUGCAGAGCACUAUUUACUUUUUGCAACAAGAACUGCGUAAGGCACGAGAAUCUGUCACGCUACUGCAACAGGAGAAUGCAGCAUUAAAGACCAAUACAAACGAAAAUAAUUUAUCGAAUGGUUUAUCGCCCCAUACGCCACCAAUUAAGAAAGAGGAACAGGAAGAAACUGCAAUACUAGAUACAAAACCUCCGAAAUCGAUGGAGGAUAGUGAUAUGUGCAAAGGUGUGAGGACUCCGCCGUUGGCAUCGCCCCAGAGUGAGCUUACCAGUGUCGAAAGAACAGAACGUGCGGAGAGAAAACUUAAUCAAGCCGAUCACAAUGACGAGAGUUCCAGCGAUUCCGCGGCGUUAAUUAUUAAAGUUGAGAACGAGGAACUUAGUGAUAGGGAAGAAGAGCAGGAGGAAAAUCGGAAUAAACGAAUAUUAAGAAAUAAAAAUCACAGUAGGAAUAGUGGUAAAUCGAACGGGGAGGAGGUGACAACACGAACAACACGGGGUAGGGACAGGAUAAAGAGGGAGAAAAGUGCAGCCAGUAGUGAUGAUGAAAGGACGCACAAGAAGAAACGUAGGGAAAGCAUUCUUUCUCUCGAUUAUAACGAAGCCGAUGACGAUGCGUUAGUUUUAACUAAUGGCGAGACUCUACAGAGUGAUCCCGAAUGAAUAUUAAUUUAGGUUAAUUUGGACAACAUUAACCACACGUAUGGUUGAAAUUCGCGAUAUAUGAUUUUAACAUCCACUAUGUACAAAAUUUUUCAUCUAAAGCAACGCGUCGGUUGCCUAUUUACAAGAUAUUGUUCGAAUAAAAAAAUAAUUAGCCAUAAAGAAAUGUAAUUUCAG